CGCGCGCAGGAUCAGUUUGACUGUGCGGGUAGUUGGGCAGCGUCUGGUAGCGUUGUGGGCGUUGUUGCUUGUGUUGCGCUGCAACGGGCUAAACGGUAUCGUCGACAUGAGUGGAAUGUCGGGGCUCGACCUCGUCAAGUGCCACGAUGCCUCCAUGCUGCUGGGCGCGUUCAACAUGCACUGCAUGCAGGAGGUUGGCGACGAAGACGGCGAGAUCCGUGACUUGUUUUUCGCACCUGGAACAAAGCGUCUGGAGCUCCUUCGCUGGGUGCUUAUCGCCAUCGACCCGUCGGGAAAACACGCUCGUGAACUGAACACUGGCGACGACUGCACAGAGGAGAGCUUGACAAAAGUGCUGUCGUAUUUGAAUCCCCGUCGUGUGAAGGAAUUUGCCGCUUUCGUCAGAGGCACUGCUCCCGUCCGCGAACAGAAGGUUAUCUGGGAGCUGCUCCUGGGGACGGCAGAUUUCGUUCAGAAUCCCCCCGAAGACGAGUCUUCGGGGUUCUCUACAGCCUCAUGGUCAACGACCAUGACGUUCAAGCCGACGGUCGCCUCCACGCCCAUGCCCCAGGUUGAGCAAGCCGGAGCUUCCUCUUCUAACGUGAAGCACGAAGGAACGGCUGCCAGAUGUCUCUGGCAAACCGAUGACCUGUCCGAAGCCGGAGAAAAGCGAGAGGCUGAGACAGAAUAUUUGGACAAUUUGAUUAAGGUGCUGGAAAAGGGGGUCCAGUUCAGCAAGGAAAGGCUUGCUGCCUUGGAAGCAUCCCAGGAGCCUGAAGAGCCACCACUGAACAUGGCGCUUUGUGAAUACUAUGGUCAAACUGUCAAACAACUUAUGAAGGCUCGCAAGGCCAUGCUGGAGAUGCCUCCACCCAGCGUGCCUCCUGUGGUGCUUGACGAGGAGGGUGAGAAGCUCAUUGCAAAAGCUAAGGAAUACCUCGAGGACUUCAGGACCCAAGUGUGCUGCACAACCAUGCUGAAAGCCUUGGCGGGCAGUGCUGAGGCGCACAAGCCACGUGGCACGACGCGAGAAAGACUAGUGGAAAGAACAUUCAGGGCAGAAGGCAUGGGCAAGCUUUCAAGAAGGCCAAACAAGGAGUAAAGACACUUGAAGGAAGAAUACUGACAUGGACUCGACGCACCUAAGGCCUAGGUCGCAGAGGAGACAAGUUCAUUAUUUAUUGAUUUUUUAGUAGUUCAGUUAUAUAAAUAAAAUUAUUGGAAAAUGCCCGCAUAGAUUGUUUUGUUAGGACUUGGUUGGAAUUGUGCCUAGUCUGUAGAUGCACAUUGAGGAUGCACGGCGCAGAAGCUGGAAAUAGGAUUGCAAGACUCGUGUCAGUAAACAUAGGGAGGUUAAAGGGACACUAAAAGGAAAUAUCAAAUACAUUUGGGCCGAGAAAUUAUGCAAUCAAAGC